GCAGAUAUUCUGGAACGCAACGCUAGUUCAAAAAAAGAACCAAUCAGCUAGGAGUUGUGUAAAGUAUAAAUAUCGUCACUCUAACAGUACUUGCACAUGUUCCAGAGAGGGAUUGUUUCGUGAGGUCGUAGCUUCGUGAAAGACAAAAGAUGUCGGGCAGAGGAAAAGCCGUCAGUAAGACUAGAGCCAAGGCCAAGACUCGCUCAUCCAGGGCUGGCCUGCAGUUUCCUGUUGGUCGUGUCCACCGUUUGUUGCGGAAGGGAAACUACGCUCAUCGUGUGGGGGCCGGGGCUCCGGUCUAUUUGGCUGCGGUACUGGAGUAUCUCACAGCAGAAAUUCUGGAAUUGGCUGGCAACGCGGCUCGCGACAAUAAAAAGAGCCGUAUCAUUCCCCGCCAUCUACAGCUGGCCGUGCGUAACGAUGAGGAGCUGAACAAGCUGUUGGGAGGCGUCACUAUUGCUCAGGGGGGUGUCCUGCCCAACAUCCAGGCUGUCUUACUACCGAAAAAGAGCUCGGGCGGUGUUUCUACUUCAGGCAAGAAGAGUUCCCAGCAAUCGCAAGAAUACUGAGCACAACAUGGCUUCCCUUUGUCCUAAAGGCCCUUUUAAGGGCCACUCCCACGUCCUAAUCGAGCUGUAAUGUCUUUGUUGUAUCCGAAAUGUGUGUUUAGUAAGUGUUACCCACCCAUGGUGUUCUCGUGAUAAAACCGCAGAACGCUUCCGACUUCUAAAAAAUCUCUCGCCAAUCACUUGAGAUGAAGCAUUUGGUUAGGGCCCUUCAGUUGAUAAAAGAUCCUUUUGUUACGAUACAAUCCAAACAAAGCCGCAUGUUCUUAUAACUCGCAAUUCAUAUGGUUAUACACUGUAUUAAAGUGAAAUUGUGCCACGUCUGUCUUAAAUUUGGUGCUUCAGGCUGACAAAGGAGUUUUCUUCCCCCUCAUGAAUUGAAACACAAUAUUGCCCUGUUUGCCCAACCUUUAAAUAUAAUCCAGAGAAUUUGUGAAACAAAUCUGGUCCUCACAUCAACAGCACAUGUUCCUAGUUGGUAAUGGCUCCCAGAAUUGGGCUGCCAAGUAGUCUAGCCGUUCCCAAACUUGUAUUAAGAGCGCUACAUCGAAAGGUAUUUACAAUGAGGAGGGAAACAUUGCACUGAUCCAAUCUUUUUGGCCCUUGUGCUUAUGAUCAGAUCACUGAGGAAGUAUGUAUUUACGAAACGCGUCAGACCACAUGGGCUGUUAAUUGUUUUUGAACAAAUGUAACCAAUAAAGACGGCUGUUUUACUCUUC